UAAUUUAUUUACAGAUAUGUAAACCAUCACCAUUAGUGAAUGAUAAACUCUAGCAUUUGUGAAUCUUCUCUCUUUCCCUGUUUUCUAUAUAUAUCUUCAAAAGCUUCUUCUUGGUCUCUACUUCUAGCUAAUAGGUCUCUGAUAGAUCCCAAAGCUUUCAACCAUUUCAAUUUUCUAGGCCAAGUAGCCAUGAACAAGUUCAAGAAGUCUCAGGUUCUGAUACUGUCUCUAGUAGCUGCACUUCUUUUCAUGGCACCACUUCUAUCUUCAUCCUUGAGGCCUACUUAUCUCUACUUUGUCCUCAAUCUCCUUAUCAUAGCACUAGGGGCCGAAGCCGGGCUGCUCUCAGUGUUUUCCAGGCCCGCUUAUGUUGCAGCAAAACCAGUGACAGCCCAAGAAACUAAGGCUGUUGAAAGUAGUAAGGAUGAUCAAAAACUGGUUGCUCCUGCAAACAAUGAGGAGAAGGCUAAGGUUGUUGAGAAAUCUGCCUCUGAGAAGAUUGUUGGGACUGUCAAGGUGGAUAAAGUGAAGAAGUGUCCUUCCACCCCAAGCCUUUUCUUUAUAGGCAGUGGGGAGGCUGAAUCAGAAGCUGUUGAUGAGGAGCAUGAGGAGGAAGAAGAAGAGGUUGGAGGGCUUAGUGGCCCAGAGUUGUUUGCCAAGGCUGAGAUUUUCAUAGGCAACUUCUACAAGCAGUUGAAGAUGCAGAGGGAAGAGUCUUGGAAGAGGAUUCAUGGAUUUUAUCAGAAAGCCUUUUGAGUGCAUUACUCUUCAUCAUGCCAUAUCUACCAUCAGUCUAGGAUCAUUGGUUUGGGGAUAAUUACAUAUGAUUGGUCAGAAGGGGGGAACUAAAUUAAGCCCAUUUCCACAGUUCUUCCUUGUAUUGGGUCUGUACAGAACAAGCAUGUUUUCUCUCAUUUUCCUGCUUGCCAAGCAUGAAAUUAGUCUUCUUAGGCACUUCGCACCAAAUUUUACCUUGAGGUGUCAUGAAACAAACAAAAGUUACACAUAGCUGCAGGUUGUACACAUACUAAAAUUUCUGUAUCAAUAUAGAUAUAAUUUAUGGAUUUUGCCCCA